GUGUGUGAUGAUGGCGGCCUCGGAGCGCAGGCUCCCGAGUCCCGAGGCGUUCGUGGGCCAGUCUUGGAGCAGUUGGAUCGAGCGGGCCGAGGCGCUGCGGCUGUCAGACGGCACAGAAUCGGAGGACUGUGGCAAGGAUGUGAGAAAGAAGAUUGAAACAAUGCGACUCAUUAGAGAAGAUAUGCCAAUCUUUGGUCACUGUCCAGCCCAUGAUGAGUUCUUCCUUGUGGUGUGUAACCAGUGUGGACAAGUAGUUAAACCUCAGGCAUUUCAGAUGCACUGUGAGAGAAGACACGGGUCUCUGAACAAACUGUCAGCACGGAAAGCUCCUGCCUUGAAUUCCCCAAACUCCAUCCUGCAGAAAUCGCGAUGCAACAGUGUUCAAACUGCAGUUACCUCCACCCAUGGCACCAGAUCCUCCAAAGAGAAGCUGCACAGCCCUGGUAACAAGGUGCUACAGUUAGAUGUGCCUUCAAAGGGACCAAAAGAAAAUCUGUGCUUGUUUGUCCCUGUGGUGAACCUGGAAAAAAUCCCAUCUCUCGGAAAGACAGAGAGUUCCUGUAUCAAAUUGACUGCCAAGCCUCCUGCUCUUUCUCCCUCCUCUCCUGAACCCGUCUCACCAUCUGAGAAACCCAACCUGGCCCCCGUCCUUGAUUCUGUGGCAAAGACGGGGGCAGCGAAUGCAAUCCCAAAAGCAACUGACCUCCCACUCCCAGCGCCGGUGAUUCAGAAUGGUAAAGGUGAGAGGUCACCUGUGCUGGAAGAACCAUCAUUCAGUAACAGGAGGAACAACCAUAAAGUCCACAGGAGAGUAAUGGAGAAAGAAAGUGACCUCAAUAAGCACUGUGGAGUCAUGGAUCCAGAGACCAAGAAGCACUGCACACGUUCACUAACUUGUAAGACGCACUCGCUGACUCAGAGGAGGAACGUGCUCGGGCGGCGGCUGGCAUUCGAUGAGUUGCUGGCAGAACAUCGGGCAAGCUUGAAGAACAAGGAAGGUGGUAGAGAGAGAAAGCAGCAGGUCAGGGAGGCUGCGACACUUUCCCCUGUGCAGGAGACGGCCACUGGUGGCUGGGCUUCAGUGAUGUCAGGAGUCUCCCUGAGCCGCACAAAGCCUGCCUGCUGUUCCGCCUCAAGGGUUUCUUUGGAAAGUGAAUUGACUGACACUGAGAGAUCCCCAGCUGAUCCCGCUCCACACCCUGAGCUCCCCUACCCUCUCUUCAGACUCGAGAUAAACAGCCGGCUGUCAAGCGAAGAGAGUGACGGGGAGAUGACUGAGGAAUUGGACAAGCCAGACUGUCACUAUUCACGAUUGCAUCCAAAGCCACUGGCAUUUUGCACUUUCGGAAGCCGAAUGAUUAGCCGAGGUUAUUACGUCUUCAACAGGAGGUUGGAUCGAUUCCGAAUGGCCCUUAACUCCAUGGUGGAAAGGCACCUAAACUCUCAGAUGUGGAGGAAAAUUCCUCCGGCUAUGGAUUCCCAGAGGGCACCGCCACCACCUGCCUCCUCGACGCACUCGCUGCAGUCUGUGUCGGCCCUGCCUGUGGCCUCCUCCCCCUCCUCCUCCUCACCCUCCCUCGUGGGCACAGAUCUGAAGCUGGCGUCCUCUCCAGCUGCCGUCACCACAGCGCGAGCACCCUCGGACCUGCCUGCCGCCUGCUGCCGCUCGCUCCCCCCGACGGCCCCCACCUCGAAUCUGCCCCACUCCUCGAGCAGAAUGUCCUGGGCCAAGGCCGGGCGGGGGCCCGGAUUCCACCAAGGCUCUCGCCCACUUACCGAUGCGUCACAGAGCAAGAGAAAGAAGCCAGCACUCUCCGCCUGCGAGCUGCAGCCUGCUUUGGACCCUCCACUCAAGAGGAACUGCGUGCUAAGUUUGGGCAGGAUUAGCACCCCUCCUCCUGGCGGAAUAGUCCCCCGGCCCCCCCACUCAAAUACCUCUUCACACAAUGCUAACAAUGGAGUCACUGCCCACAGCCCCAAAUCACUGGGACAGGCAGGAAUCCUGGGGCAUUCAGGGAACUCCAUCAAAGGGACCAGCAGGGCAGUGGAACACUUUGAUCCCAAAAGGGACGCCCGCCUCUGUGAGGGGCGCAAGCUGGGUAUUGGCAGCCCCUCGCCCCCGUCACUGACUGCCAACCCCCCUGUGAGGGCUGAGGGCAGGAAGCGGAAGAACGCAGCCUCCUGCUCAAAACCCACCAAAGUAGCCAAGUCCCCUGAAGUCAACUGCGCACAAAGGAAAAGAGAGGAGAGCUUGGCGACAUCCCGACCACUUGGCAACUCCCACACACAAAAGGCAAAAGUGCAUCCCUGAAAGUUAGCCUGCCCAGCUUUGUGGGGAUACAGGACGUGGAAACCUUCCACCGAUCAGCCACCAAUUCGAGCCCUUGGUCGCACAGAUCGGUGCCUGUCACGGGUGUCAAGAGCUCUGCUGGAACACAGGCUUAUUGGGCACAAAUGAAAGUGGGCAUGCCCCACUAGCUGCCUCAUUUGGUACAAACAACUAUUGAGCGUGCAGCCUAUCCCUUGUAUUGCAUACCACAUCUGUACGGAGUUCAGUUACUACCCUUUUCAUCCAUUGGCUUUGUUUGUUCCCUUCCAAUUUCUUUCUUCUGAAGUUUUGCCUUCCUGGCUGCUGGACGUGGAAGCCUUGCUCUGCAUUGCUACGAAAGGGACCUGACUACCAAUGUAUGCAAAAUUGGCCAUGAGGUAUUCAACCUGGGGAUUUUGCCCACAGUGUAUUGGAGAAUGAUAAAGGACAUUCUGCCAUAUCUUCAGUCCAUGCUCCCUGCAGGCAGUGGGGUGCAGGUAUCUCCUUUCGUUAUCACUCAUUUGUAAACUUGUGUUUCCCUGCCUCUAUCUUCUCACAAAGGUAUUGAUUCAUGGUGAACUGAGGCCCAUGGGUGCCGGACGCCCAUCAGGUGCAUUCCCCAAGGAAACGUUCCUCUCACGUAACCUUAGUUUUUCACCAUUAGGACUUACCUGCAAGAACCCCUCAAAUUCCCUUCCCUUGCCACCAGUUAGAUCCACCACCGCACUACUUUUCCCGUCCUAGAAGAGACCACCCAGCAGCCAAUCUGAGCAGUCUGAGAGAGUGGGAAAGGUUAAGGGAGAAGGAUGAUGACUGUCACUGACAAUUCAAAGUUCAUACAUACCGAAUAUCUGUUCAGAUAAGUCUGAGCAGUUCCAAUCGUAGAAAUUAAUGGGAAGAAAAGUAUUAUAUCUUUUCAGGAACUGGAGGUAAAAUGACUGAUAUUCACAUGCCCUUUAACCCUGAACCUACCUGCAUUACAAUGCUGUUGGCUCUUAUGUGUAAAACCUUAAUGGACUGAAAGGGAGAACAUUGAAAAGAAGGAAUGAUUUGAUUUAUUGGUAAUAGGGAGACCAUUCAUUCAUAUUCUUUAGGCCUAGUGGCAAAUAACUCCUUGGUCUGAGCCUCUCUUGCCCAGUGAUGAUCUAACCAUUGAAGUUAAUCCCAGGUAUUUAAUUAUAGUCUGGUACUUUAUUAAAUUUCAGUCCCUUCCCCUCUCGCUUACUCCCUUUGCCUUGUUUCAGCUUGUCCUCUCAGUAGCUUUUAACAACAUAGAAGGAGGUCAUUCAGCCCGUCUGGCGCCUGCCACAUCCUAGGGGAGUAAUCCCAUGAGUCUCAUUUCCCCUCUCUUUAGUUCCCUGCAGCCCAUCGACUUGCUCCCUUUCACAUCUGCUCAUCAACUCCAUUUGAUUCAUAACUUGUACUUUAUCCAUCCUCUGAAUCAUACCUUCUGCUAAGGAAGCCUUUCCUCCUCAUACCUGAAAAGUGUUAUGUUCGUGUUGGCUGAUUAACCUACCAUUGCAUUUUGAGCUGUGGGAGGAAGCAGGAGCACCCAGAAGAAACCCAUGUGAUCAUGGAAACUCUGCACAUGCUCUAACAUUUUUCUGUUGUUUACAUCUCUCCUUCUUCACCUUCCUUCUACACCAUUAGGCCUGCCCACCAGCAACCACAGAUGUCUCUUCCCUCUGGCAUUUUGCUGAAGAACAUUUUAAUGUUAGUGACCUUGAGAAGAUCCUCCAAGCAAAGUUAAAAUUGUUUAAUUUAUUUUUCUUCUGUCAAAUACUAUACGGUUCUCUUACCAAACCAUUCCUUUGCCCACCAGAAGAGGAACUGAAUUUCCAUUUAGUUCAGUUGCACUUGAAGCUUCUGUUACAAACAGAACUUUUUUUAUUUCAUUGUUAUUUUAUGUUCAUAUUUCAGUCCAAACCCAUUUUAUUGGCACUUUUGGUAUGUGAUGUUUCUUUCUCUGCAACUUUUUUCACUUUCUACUAUUUUUUUGUUUUGUAUUUUAAAUUCAAAUUACAUAUAAUUUUUUUCAGAAAAGUACAACAAUAUGUCAUCAAGGGAUAGCUUGAGUUGCAGAGUGUCUCCUAAUAUGUGAUUCAUCCCGCCCCCUGAAUAAUGUUAAAUUCUCAAAUAAUGAGAAAAAGAAAUAACUGCAUGAUGCUGUCCUCUCUAUCAGUGACUGAGGGGCUACACCUGGAAACCUGAGCCCAAUCACCUGAGCUGAGAUUAGUCCAGUGGCUGUGGUCAACUGAGAUGUGUUGAUAGAACGCUUAGUGAAGGUAGUCAGAAGGAAUCAAUUUAAUCUAAAGUACCCAUGGCAAAGGUGACACUUCUGUAACACAGCACCAAAGAAGGCCAUUGUGCCUGUGCUGACUCUUUUAAAGGAGAUAUCCAAUCAUUCCCCUUUUUACAUCCAUUUUCCAUAGUUGGUGACUUGACAAGUUAAUGCAUAUCCAGUAAAAUUGGGCACUUGUAAAAUCAGUUUGUCAGUCUGAUCAGCUCUGUUUCUCUUGAGUAGGUUAUGUUAAAAUUACCCUCAAUAUAUAAUUUUGCCUGCUUUAAUGUUAAAAAACUUCUGGUGCUGGGAAAUGGAACACUGUCCAGUAGUUGACACCAGUUGUCAUCAUCAAGCAUGCCCAGGGUUAAUGCACACAGUGACCUGUUCAUAAACUGAGAUCCCAACUCUGUGCUUGGUCAUCACAUUGAACAUUGGAUUAUGUUCUGCUCAUUCACCCUCUGUCCUUGUUAUUUUCCACUGGUUCCUUAGCCUUCUAGCCUGUAAUUCAAAAUCCUGGACCUGUUUAAAAAUUCCUUACCCCAGGGUUCUGGCCUUGUCCCUUGCUACCUCGUUGUCUUUCUCAAACCUCACAUUACAAUUCAUAAAUUUUGGUCCUUUGAUUCAGGACUUGGUUUUGCCAGUCUUCAUGGUUUACUAUUAGUAGCAAAGUCUCCAGUCCUUUAUGUGGAACCUCCAUCCUAAAUCAUAUAACAAUCUUCCCAUAUCCUUUCCUCCACCCUUAAAAGUCUACAUCAAAGCCAAUCCAUUUAUACUUAGUUACUUCCUCAAACUUUGGAACAAGGCCUCCUCCACAUCGCUUAUCCUUAGAUGAGAGUCCCUUCCACCCUGCCUACUGUAUCAAUGCAGCAGUUUUCAAUUCCCUGCUAACUCUCUUACUGGGGUUACCAGUUUAAUGGCAAUUAAUGCUGAUCAGACAAUAUCAGACAUUAUGUGCAUAGCCCUAAAAGUUAGCAGGUACAGAAGAAUUUCCAUCAUCAUUCUAGGCUGGAAUGGAACCCAGAAGCCAGGAAAUAAACAAGAAUUUGUAACUAGCCCAACCUCUGGCCCUGAUUACCUGUGUCCCAUCUGCACUGAGCGGUCAGUUCAGUGAAGUGCUAAAAUUGACCUCCAUAAUGCUGGUUCAAAUAAAAGACUGAGCAACACACAAUAAUGUGAAGUACUGAACAAGAGUGUUGGGUGUGGAGAUCAAAAUGCCAAGGUGUGUACAUGUCUGGAAAGUUUGUAAUGGUUGUGUACUGAAUUAUGCAAAUAUUUUUUGUAUUUGAUCUAGUAAUGACACAUUGUCUAUAAUAUUUUACAGUUUGAAAUGGUCAAAUAUAUAUCUAUAUAUACAGAUAAAUAUAUAUAUAUAGUGACCUAAUGUUACAAAUGCCAGGUGCAUACCCAUUGAGGUAAUUAGAUACCUUGGCAACAGGUGAAGGGUAGCGUGCUGUUCAAAUGCAAACCAUUGCAAUGUCAGUAGUCAUGUAAUUUAUUGUACAGAUCAAGCCAUUAUAAUCUGAAUCUGAUUUUGCUUUAUAUUCCAAUUUUUAAUUUUUUUUUAAGGAGGUUGGGUGUGGAGUUACAUUGGCGUCUGGAUUGGAAAGACUUAGUUGAAGCUCUGUAUAGCCCAAUUUGAUCUAAUUUAGCACAUCCUGAACUCAGUUGUACUGACAUUAAAGUGAUAAUGGGUCCAAGUAAUAGGAAUAGAGUCGGUAUGGGUGUUAAUCCAGCAUGCGGAGUCCCUACCUUCAUGUUUCCAAUAUAGAUUGAGAUGCAAUUCAAAAGAAAUAAUGAAAAAAAUGAGAUUUAUUAACCAUGGUAACCAGAUGUAAAUUUUAAAGCAAUGCACCAUAUGAAGAGUAAAGAUAGGAAAGUGUGAGUAAUUAGGGAUCAGAGGUUUUACAGCAAUUCUUUUCCUUAUUGUCUUAAAUUUGUGCCCCUGUCAUUGCUGAAUAACCAACCAGUGGGGGGAGAAAAAAACACCAGUAUUUACUCAUCCUAAUGUUUGUUCAUCUUGGCCUUUUAUCAGUGUACUAUUUAAAUAGUUUACAGCACAGAAAAGACUAGUUCAGCCAACAGGUCCAAGCUGUUAUAUAAACAGAGUGUCCUCCCACCACUCUUCAUCUAACCCCAUAACCUUUCUUCACUGUUGUUAACUUGCUUUUUCUUAAUUGCUUGAUUUUUUUUUGCAUCAAGCUACUUCAUGUGAAAGCUGUGAGAUCAUUUUUUUGUAGCAGUUACUACAUUGUCACCACUCUCUGGUAGUGAAGUUUCUCCUGCAUUAAUUAUUGGAUUUAUCUGUGGUUGUCAUAUUUACCGCUACUGAGUCUCAUUCAGAAGUAGAGACUUCCUUAUGACCACUGUGUUGAAUACAUUGAAAAUUUUAUAGGUCUGUCAUGUCACUCCCUCAGCUUUGCAAUGUCUCAAAAUUAAUCUUUAAUUCCAUACUGGAUGACUUGCUAAAAUAUUAAUCUCUUUCUUUUCUCUCUCGAUGAUUUCUUUGUUAUAUCAGAGUGUUUGGACUGCACAUUCUGCUCAGAUGGGAGGAAAGUAACUGAUUUAAACCAUUUUAAACUUUAAUUUCUUGCAGCAAAAGUUAUUUUAAGCUAAAAGAUAAGGAAUUGAAUACUUACCUCAAAUAUGAGCUGCUGCCCAGGCCUGUAAGCUGACAGUUUUUUUUAAAUAGUUAUUUUUGUGGUUGGUAUCAUUUUGCUAGAAAAUAUUUAAUACGUGUCUCGCUGUUUAUUAUUAGAGGUUGCUAGUUUUAUAAUUCAGAUAGUAGUAUUCCAUGAUAGAAACAGAGAGUGCUGGAAAGAUGCAGCACAUUAGUCAGCACUUGGGGAGAGGUGCAGAUUUCAGGUUGGUAACCUUUCCAAUGAAAGGUCAUCGACCUGAAACAUUAACUCUGCUUGUUUCUCUGCACAUGCGUGCAGACCUGCUGAGUGUUUCCAGCACUCUGCUUUUAUUUCAGAUUUCCAGCAUCUGCAGUUUUGCUCUCCGACGGCUUAUCUUUAAAUGGUCCAUCUAUAUGUUGGGAUAGAUCAAAGGCUGUUCUGAUGGUGUCAAGACACUAUCCAUUGAGAAUUCAACCAUAUAGAAUGGUCAAAUCCCAGAUACUAUUUCCAAUCAGUACCAAAAUUUAUUGACUCUGAUCAGGGAGGCUUUCCAAAGUGUCACAACUGCACUCAGUGUUGCUGGUUUAGGAAAGUGAAUGCUGUUUGUACUAUCAUUGUAUAGGUGCUUAUUGAAGAUAAGAUCAAGCUCUGGUGUGAUGCCCUCUGCAGCUGACAAGCCUACCAAUGUUCUAGGCAGGUUUCCCUUCCUGCCUGUAUGGAAUGGGAUCAUGGGUUGAGGAAUAGAGAAGUGGGAAACCUUGGCCUUUUACCCACUGCUUUCUGUCAGACAAAGCAUCAGAAAGCCAUCAGUACCCUCAUUAAAGGACUAAAGGCACUGAGGAAAAGGAACCUGCAAAGAAAAGAUUAAAUUGAUUAAGAUGGGAAUUGAAGUUGUUAUGUUGCCAUGAGUGUGACAGUUUCAAAAAGUAACUUUUUAAAUAUUUUACACUGCCUACAUUUUUCAAGUGAUGUACUUUUUAUUUCACUUGACAUACUCUUCAAAAUGAGAGGGCAGCCCUCUUGUGGGCACUUAGAAAGCAAGUACCCACAAAGCUCACUUUUUCAGAAGAGUUAAAUUGUUUGUAAACAGCCCUCUUGUGGCUGCAGUUUAAUAACUGACAUGGCGUGCAGUCACAGUGAACAGAAAUAGGUUCCAACAUUUUGUUUUGUUAAUCAGGAUUGGCGUAGAGAAAUACCUUAUGAAAGUUUUGUCUCCUACUUGGGUAUGGUUCUGGUGUUACCAGUCACAAUGAGUGAACCUAGAUAAUGAAUGUUUGGUAGGCUGUUCAACCACAGAUGGCAUCAUCACUAAGCUCAAUAUUUUCAGUACAGCAGUAAGAGGCACAAUAAUCAUCGGCAGAAAUGCAGGUGUGCUAAGGGCUAGCACACUGACCUAGCUCUUUCUCCAGGCUCCAAUCCACUCCUAACUGCAAAUCCCCACUCUACCUAUCCCUCCGUUCUUGGGAGUCACCAACCUGCUGAGUUCACAUUCCAUUCAUCAUUGGCUUGAGGCCAGUUAAAGUUGCCUCCUGUAAUUAUGUUGGGGAGUUUGUUUUGAAUGAUUGCUGUAUGACCAAUAUUUAUGGUUUUUUUUUUACAUUGACUUUAGACCUCAGUGUUAUUUGGUUUAUAAACAAAUAAA